UGUUAGACUAUUUGUUUGUAUCCUUGAUAAUGUAGGAGAAACUUGGAAUAUGACAGCCGCAGGUAGAGAUUAAAGUGAGGUUUCUAAAGUUGUUACUAUAUUGGAUUUUCAAACUUCAACACAAUACUGUGAAAAAUAUUGACAUUCCAAUUCCAUUUUUGAAACCACAGGAAAAAAAUGUGCUCAACUUUUUGAUCUUAAAAUUUUAAAUGUUUGGUAAAAGGUAAAUAUAACAUGACAACAAGACAGGAGUGUGCUGGUAGCAGAGAACAGCAGGAAAACUGUAUUUAUUUAAUAUCACAUUUAAUAUCACACUUUUUUUUCUUUUAAGAUUAGGCCUUCAAAAAUAAUCUGUCUAUGGUGAUGUAUCUAAAAAAUCCAAAGCAUACGUCCUCACAUCCUUCUCAGCACUGUGGGCUCUGUAACACAUGUAUACACAGGGACUCAACAGUAAACUUGAUUUAUUGACCUUCACUUACACUUACAUUUUUAUAUUGCCAUUUCAAACACUUACAUGUACGUGAGUUAAUAUGGUAUCGCUUCCUGAACAUUUCCAACUCAGCGAAGAAGGCAACUCAAAACCCCAGAGAGUGUUAUUGGAGGGUGCUAAUUUUAUCAGCUGUAAUCGACUUUACUCAACUAAAGUUCAAGUAAUUCAUCUCGUGGGACUAUUACAGACGUUUGUAGGAGCAGCUUGAGUGUCUAGAAGUAGUUAUAAAGCCUUGUUUUUUUUUACAGUCUGCUUACAUGAAGUGUAUUCCCAAAUAGCGUUGUGUUUAAUCAAAUUGCAUCAACCUACCCGACACCCUGAAAACCUGGCUCACAUAAAUGUAUUUGAUUGUGUAUUAGUUGUUUUGGGGGUCUUUGUGCGAGGGUCAGUGGGGGAUCUACAAUAUUCUUUUGCUGCCUGGUAAUAUUUCAUUUCAUAUUUCAUGGUCUGGAGGCAAGAUGUCUGAGGUAGUUAUCUCAAAUCCUCAGCUGAUAAAAUUAUCUACAGUCCUUGAUAUCACUAGUGGUAUGUGUCUAAGUGAGGAAAUCUGUAAUAUUUAUCUAUUUUACCCUUUUGAGGUUCCUCCUGAUGUGUACCGCAGAGUACCUUUGGCACGAGGCACCAUCGCAUGUUGGAACAGGUGUGAUGGGGGUCAGGCACACUGUCCGAGCUCACCAAUGAUUGAGGGAUCCAUCAGUCUCUGAGCAUUAGACGUCACUCUGGGCACGAUGAUCUACUUGGCUCACACGGCUCACCGGCAGUUCCUGGGCCUGAUCGCCGGGUUUCUGGCGUGGAUCCUCACCAUGGCCACGGCCGGCCUCAACGAGUGGCGGCUGUGGCAAGUGGAAGACGUGUCGGUCGUCACCGCGGGCGUGGCCUGGGUGGGUAUCUGGAGGGCCUGUUUCUACAGUCAAGUCCUUCCCCAGUUCGAGAACUGUCAGCGCCUCAGCAUCUCAGACGACUUCCUUCCUACGGAGAUCCUCGUGGCUCAGGUGCUGAUCAUGCUGGCGGUGAUCUGCGGCUUGGCAGCGAACAUCAUCGCUGCAUUGGCCAUGAGGAUGGUCUACUUCUCUGUGGAGAACCGUAGGAACAUACGGCCUGUAUUUUUGCUGGCAGGGACCCUGUAUGUCCUGACAGGGACGUUCUGCUUGGUGCCGUUGGUGUGGAACAUGAUCUCUGUGGUGAACAACAGGGCCAUAAACUUUCCUCCUGAGUACAACCUCCCCACAGUCCCUGUCAGGCAGCACAUCGGCUCAGCCAUCGCGUUGGGCAUCUUCGCCUCCAUAUUCAUGCUCAUCAGCGGGCUGCUUUUCCUUUCCUAUCGCUACGCUUGGAAGGCCCUGAGCUCAGAGGCCCCCAGAGACACCGGGGACCCCCUCCAUGGUCCCUGGACAGAAACCACACUGGCACAGAAGAAUAGUUUGCCGAAUGGAGACAGCCAUGGCAGAGAUAAUCCUGCAUUUCACAGCGAAGAAGCCUCAUGAUGGCAGAACAGAACAGAAUACUAAUCUGUAAUCUGGGAUUCUAUCUUUUUCAUCCAGGAGAAAGAGACGUGGACCAUUACAGAGAAUAAAAUGACAUUUAAGGAACACUGCUGCUGAAUCACAAAAGUUAAAAUGGACGUAAGAGCUUAACAUUAAUCCAGGAAGAUGUCAGUGAAACACAGCAUCAUCCAGAAUAACAGUCAAGAGUUCACUGUCACAGAAUCACAAUCUGAAAAGUAAAAUCUGAUUGAACUAGUCUCUGUCCACUGUAUCACACUGAUGAUCUUUUAUAUUACUUAUUCCAGAAGGAAGUUAUUUAGCUCUAGUUUGCUCUUUAGCUGCUGAAUGUGCCAAUAUGUUCUGUUGCUACUUCCAUUUGUUUGGGGAAACUAAAGCACUGUGGAGCAACAUCAGCAUUAUUUUGAGUUUUGUUCGUGUCCAACUGAUGAAUGUAACUCCAAUUUCAGCUCUGUUUUGGUUUUUAUUUACUCUUGAAGGAAGUUUUUUUUAAAACUAAGUUAGCUAUUUAGCUGCUAAAUGCUCCACAAUGUUAACAAGCUUGUUGUUGCUAACAUCGUCAGUCUGCCAUUUGUGUUGGGAAGCUAACGUACAGUAUGAGGGGGGUAAGGAUAUAUACAGCAAAAUUAUCAUUUAUUUAAGGUUAUGUUUACGUCCACUUUAUGAAUGUACGUUAAAUUUGAACUCUCAUUUCAGCUCUGCUUUGGUUUGUACUAACUCCUGAAGGAAUUUGUUUGGUUUAAGUUAGCUCUUUGACUGCUAUGUGCUCCACCAUGAUCACCAGUUUUUUUCGCUAACGUAUUCUGUAUGUAGUUAACAAGCAUGUUUUCACUUUUUUUUUUUCUGGGAAGCUAA